AUGGCUUACUCUUCCAGGCUAAUAAUUCUCACAGCUUUGCUUGCAUGUUUCAUGGCAUAUACGGCCAUGGCACGACCACUGAGCUCCAAAACAACCCUCAUGGCUCGACUAAAACUCGAUGGUGAAGAGAGCUCGUCGAACUGUUGGGAGUCUCUCUUCCAGCUCCAAUCCUGCACAGGUGAGGUCCUCCUAUUCUUCAUGAAUGGCGAGACCUAUCUAGGCCCCGGCUGCUGCAGUGCCAUCCGAACAAUCGAACAUGAUUGUUGGCCCUCCAUGCUUGGCUCUCUCGGCUUCACCUCCAAAGAGGGUGACAUCCUCCGUGGCUAUUGUGAUGCUUCCGACUCUGGUUCUGCCACUACGCCACCAUCACCACCACACACUGUCGAACCCAAUGCCACCAUCCCCACCACUGUUGUUCCGUAA